UAAUUACAAUAAUUAAGUAAUUAAAUAUGACAAGUGAUUCAAAGUCAGUAAUUCCAUUGGAAUCUAAUCCCGCUAUCUUUUCCGAAUUGGGUCAUACCAUUGGAUUAUCUCCUGUACUUGAAUUUCAUGAUGUAUAUUCAUUAACUGAGCCGGAUUUAUUAGCUUUAUUACCUAAUCCAGUAUAUGCCCUAAUAUUAUUAUUCCCAUUAACUCCAGAUUAUGAAAAUCUUAGACAUCAACAAGAUUCAAAAAAGUCAGAUUAUAAUAAUGAAUUAUUCGAACAAAUUAAAUGGUUUAAACAAACUAUAGGAAAUGGUUGUGGAUUAUAUGCGCUCUUACAUGCUUUAUCUAAUCUACCUAAAGAGUUAAUUAUACAUAAUCUGUUAUUUGCUAAUUUUAUGGGUCAAAUAAAUAAACAAUUGUCUUUACAAGAAACUACAAUUUUGGUGGAGAAUUUGGAGAAUUCAAUCAAAUUGAAUGAAAAUUUUGGUGAAAAGGGACAAACUGAAGCUCCAAGUGCUGAUACCGUAGUUGAUUUACAUUUUAUAACAUUUGUUAAGGGUAAUGAUGAACAUUUAUAUGAACUUGAUGGUAGAAGAAAAGGUCCAAUUGAUUUAGGAAUUUCUAAUCAAGAUAGUAUAAUUAAUGAAUCCAAUGUAAUUGAUAAAAUUCAAUUUUAUAUGAAUAAUGCUGAUGAAGCUAAUAGAAUUAAAUUUAAUAUUAUGGCUAUUGCUCCAUCAUUUGAUUAAUAUUAAUAUUAAUAUAUAAUAAUA